UUUAUUUACUCACGUACUGCAGCUUCAACAUGGAGAGGGAGCAGGCGGUUAGGGAGCAAGUGGCGAACCGUGGUCUGAUGGGAGACAGCUGGGGUCCCACAGACGCAUCGGAGCAGCAGCUGGACGACUCCUUCCAUCCUGACACCUUUGUCAACGUUGGGAACUUUCUCAGCUCUCAAGAGUCCAGCGAACGCGCGCGGUCGACCUCCGAGACCUCCAGCCAGACCCCUCCCCCCGCCACCAUCGCCAGCGUGUCCACGGUUACCGAUGUGGUGGACCCGUCGGCACCGCUGACGUCUCUUCUUUCCGGCGGCAGCCGUGCCAGCCGCAUCUUCCUCGGGCUGCUGGCGGUUGUGGUGAUGCUGCUCGGGACUAGCGCCUACUCUUUCAAUCAGAGUCGCGCUUGGAAGGCCGAAACCUCAGCGUUGCGAGAGAAGGUCGACAAGCUUGAGGCCGCCGCCCGCUCCUCGGCAAGCAAACCGAUGUGGUCUACAAGCAGCUCCUCGCCCACCUGCCCUGGGAGCCAACUCAUUGACACGUGCUGGUUCAAGGUGGGAUGGGGCGACUGCGCCAACGAGGCGCUGGAGGACCCCAUAAAGCCCAUCGAGGACGCCUUUCGCUUUGCUUUGGACUCCGCUUCUGGGGUCAUCAGCGCCGUAACAGAAACCUUCGCGAGUGAUAUGAGCCAGGUUUGUGAUGCGGUGCGCGCCGUCGGCUCGUACCUCUUCGAACAAUAACGGCUGGCCUUUUCGUUCCUGAAUCACUAUCUUCGGCCUUUCGCUCGGCACAACAAUCUGCGCACGGACCACGCAAACGAGGGCAUCACUCUUGGUUAAAUGAGCGCGACGUUGACGCUCAACAGGAGAAACCUGAUUGUGUUCUGUCUCGUUUGUUCUUUUUGCCGUGAGGGCGGAUCUGGCGAGCCUCACUUCCAACAGGACGCAUCUGUCAUAGCGUAGAGUUAAUUUUUUUUUUUUUGGUUUUUCAUGCAAAUUGAAGCACGGCGUGCCUUUGGCCGGCAGAGCUCCUCUACAGGAGUUUAGCACGCGUCGGGCAGUACACACAACUACUGUGGUUUUCAAGGCUUCAGUUUAGCACUGUUGGGGGCUUCGAAUCGGUUUUCAUCUCAUGAUAUUAAGAAGCUCGCAGCAUAAACAAAUGCCACUUUUAGCUACAUUUGCAUGCGCAGCUCCUGCUCGCAAAACAUGUUCAAAUCGUUUUAUAUUUGGGGGAGGGGGGGGGGGCGUGGACGCGCGUGGCAAGCCUCGGUAAACACACCUGCGUGCAGGUUUGGCCUUGCCCGGCCCCGUUUUACCGAUCGGUGAUGUGUCGGUAAUCCGUGUUAAAAGGUGUCGUAUAGUCAGCAGCCUUCUCGGAGGGAUGAGCUGCUUCCCCCUGAAAUUUUGUAUGGCGUUGUGUCCCGUUGCGUGUGUUGAGCCUAUUCAUUGGGUAUGUUGCUCAUCAAGGAGAAAGGAUCUUAGAACAGGUCCUUGCGAGGACUUGUCGGUAGCGCUCGGCAAGAGUACAUGGAGUAGCUAUGCGUGUGUACGACACGCCGAAAUGUUAGUGUGGGCCUGGCAACGCAAACAUGGCAAGUGUGGAAGUUGCUACGUGGCAAUAAUAUUAUUAAGGUUCUUGCGUGAACAGCCGCACAACAAGGGGGAGAGCUUGAGUACGCACGCCAGAUAUUUUGUACCCGGGGCUUUUGUUGGGGGGACUGCUGCUGUGGGGGGAGGAGGGGCAAGGACAACACCAUUUUCGGAAGGGGAGCAAAAGAGUAGAAGGUGGAGUAGCUGUAGACCAACGUUCCAACGUUUACGGCAUGUACAUAUGAGGAGCCAUGUAAACGUUGUCACAAGCGGGCAAUAUGGUUCGUUGCCGUGGUACAGUACGGGGCCCUCAACCAGCGGCGGCAUUUCCAACGAAGCAAUGGAGUCUUACGGUCUCGCAUCUUCACAACACAUUCUA